AUGGUCCAAAUAAGCGAAUAUAUGAAUAACCGCGGUUGUUUCUAUAAGGAGCUUCUACCGGUAUAUUUGAAAUCAGCGAACAAGAUAUUUGCAAAAACUGGGGCACCAGCCCAGUAUGAACAUACGCCGCGUACGGUUUGGGAGACUUCGUUCGCGCGUCUCUCUACUGAAUCAAAGACCUUGCUGAACCUUCUCACGUUCUUUGACCCCGACCUUAUUCUUGAAUCAAUACUCUCAAACAAGGGAGCUGGUAUUGUGAUCCUGAUCUGCAGUUUCUGUUUGAUGAAUUCGAGAAAGCAACACCUGUGUGAGAUGAAUAUCCCCUUACCGUUAAUAGUUUUAGGGACGCCGUGA